CUCUUGUCACUGUCUCGCAGCUUCUCCGGUAAAGCGUCUCCUUUGUGGCGUGUCAACGACGACUAGCAGAGGAUGGCGGAGAUCGAGCAGCCCACUGAAAAUGGUCUCUACGUUGGUGUAAUCAAGGGAGGUCUGAAGCCGGCGAUGCGACUCAUCGUCAUGGGGAUUGUCGAUCCACAGCCCAGAAGCAUUAGUAUGAACUUAACUUGUAAUUCCAACGAAGAGGAAAAGGAUGUUGGGCUGCAGGUCCUAGUGAACUUUCUAGACCGCACAGUCAUCCGAAAUUCUAAAGUCUCUGGGACAUGGGGCAAGGAGGAAAAGAGCAUCCCUUACUUUCCUUUCGCAGGAGGAGAGCCUUUCAAAAUGGAAAUCUUCUGUGAGCAUCAGCAGUUUCGGAUACUGGUGGACGGACAGCCGUUGUGUGGAUUUACUCAUCGCAUCAAAGAACUCCAAUCUAUAAAUGUUCUCCAGAUCUCAGGUGACAUGCGUCUCACCAAAGUGGCCUGAGGAAGAGGUUGGCAGCACAGUAACUGUGGAGGGUUGGGUGGUUUAGCAGUUUUUAUAAUAAGUGAAUGUAUUUUUGCUUAUAAAUGUGUACUUUUGUAAUAUUUGGACUGUUUUGUUGACCCCGGCUUGUUUAUUGAGUGGAGUAAGAAAGCAUUGUAUUUGUGUACAACACCAACUGCAAGUGCAACACACCGCACUUCUGGGUCCAUUUUCUCCCACAAAUACUUUUCCUGCUUUUACCACGUGUUGACACAUCCAUUAGGGACGGUCAUUUUAAUUUACAGAUGACAGGGUUUCUCAAUAUAUUAUUAAACUCCUUUUUUUAGCAUUUCUACUUUUUUUUGGAACGAGAUAGCCUGUCCAUUACCAUAGGUGGACUGAUGAUCCUUGAACUUUCAAGUCCUAAAAGAAUAUAAAACAACAGAAGUGCUAAAUCAACACAAUAAUGGCCACUAGACUCUGAUUCAAGUUGGCUGUCAGACCAGAGAUGCUAGUAUGCAUUUACGGUGGUGAAAGUUUUUUUUUUGUUGUAAUUUUUUUAUAUAUUGGAUACUGAAUGUUCUUUGAUAUAACACAUGGAUUUAAAAACAGGUUGUGUGCCUAUUGUGUUAGCGUUGAAUCAAUAAAAAGACAAUCACCACUA